AUGUGUUCUUCGCUGCGUCUUGGUUCUUAUUGUUUCUUCAGCGGCAUACCGCUUGACGUUGAAGCACAUUCCGUAAUUGGUGUCGACACUGAACAAACCCUUGGUCUUCACUACUCCCUGACCAAGGUUGGAUUCGAUCUCGCUACGCUGCGCUUAUGCUUUCAAAGCUUUGUGUUUCCAAGUUUGAUAAGCUUCACUGAGGAUGAACUUGGUAGUGCGUUCGUGGAGCUGACCAACUUCGACAGGUCGAAACUGAAGUCGGUUUGA